AUGCCACAGCAGGAGGAUGACGAGGAUGACGGGGAUGAAGAGGCAGCUGAGACACAUGCUAUGAUUAAUCAAGCACUUAAUGUCCUCAAUCGCCUGCUCAGCUUCAAGAAGCAUGAGAAAGAUGCCAACUCCAUGGAGCUCACGUUACUCAUGCACAUAGAAAGAAGCCUCCAGUAG